AUGACACGUCUAUAAUGCGUCAAUGUCAAAAGUGCACGUCCUUACAGUUUACAAAAUUAUGGGUCCACACGGAAGUACAGCUACGGGUCGCUAUAACUCACUGGCCUCUACUAUACAACUUGCCGAAGAACAAAUUCAAGAAUAUCCUUGUUGUGACGAAUCUGGAGUUUAUAUUGUCAUCCCACCCGACGGUGGAUGGGGAUGGGUAGUUGUAACGGCGGCGUUCUUCUCAUUUCUAAUAUCCGAUGGAAUAUUGUACACGUUCGGAAUAUUUAUAAACGAUAUGUCGGAAUACUUCCAAUGCCUCAAGAGCGAGGUAGUUCUGAUAGGGGCCAUUACAUCAAGCAUGUUCUGUUUCACAGGACCGUUUACUGCAGCGCUCGUCAACAAGUUCGGUUAUAAACGAAUAGCUGUACUGGGUAGUAUAAUAGCAAGCAUAUCGUGCUUUUUGACUGCCGAGUCUCCAUCUCUCCCACUUAUAUACUUGACAACGGGUCUCUUAGGGGGGACCGGAUUCGGCAUGAUGUACCUAACUGCAGUAAUUGCGGUGGGAUUUUACUUCGAGAAGUGGCGAGCUUUGGCGACAAGUAUGGCGAUGUGCGGGGCGGGAGUUGGUGGAUUUGCGCUGCCUAUGUUACUCGGGAUUAUGAUAGAGAAAAGUGGUUGGAGAUACACGUACCAAAUCGUAGGGUUCAUGAGUAUGCUGUGUAUCGUAUGCGCAUUUACGUUUAAGCCCAUAAAACCAACAAAAGUGUGUGUUGACAUUGCGGAGGAUAAUAAUCUAUCGGUUAUCCUGGAGGAAGGAAUGCAUGGUCGAUCUCACAACUUGGCGCAUCCGACUCUGUACCAAGUUCGUUCUCGAAUUCAUGCUUAUCCUGAUGACUCAUCCAACAUAACUACUUCCACUGUGACUAUUCUGAAUAAAGGAAAAUUUGAUGAAGAAAUUACUAGUGAAAUGAUAGUGGGCGGUACUUCCUAUGGUAGUAAUACAAAUAUUGCCUACGAAGAGCCCUCCUCAAAGAUCUGCCCUACAUGCAUUGUUAAUAAUCCAAUAACUCGAUGCCUCUGUAAGCCGAAACCAAUUGCUAAUCCGCUAGAAACAAUUGCGAGACCUAUGUAUCGAGAUGACAUCUUCUACUGUGCCUCUUUAGCGUUUCUGCCGGAAUACCAAAAAUAUACCGCCCCAGAAACCCCUACUCCAAAUCCAACCAACACUAAACGAUCCACAGUCAGAUACAGCAUGGCAGUUACUCGGGCAGUAACGCAAAGAGAAAUAACCGAAUCGAGACGCUACGUACUCUGCUCGGAGUCGAUCAAACGAACACUAGCGACAAUGCUCGAUUUUAAACUACUAAAAACCGUCUCCUUCGCCCUACUAACGGCAAAUUCAGUUUUGACCUCGAUGGGAUACUACACGCCCUACACUUUUAUCCAACACCGAUCCGAGCAGAAUGGAAUAUCGAAAGAUAUCGCCUUUUGGUUCGUACCAACCAUGGGCGUCGCGAAUACCAUUGGAAGGAUCUCGUGCGGAAUUAUUACGUCGUUCCCCGGAAUUUCAACGGUUCGAGUGAUGUACAUCAGUUUAUUCGCCGGUGGCCUGGCGACGACUGUUUCGGACGUUUCGUUUGAAGUAUGGGCUCAAUUUCUAUACUCCGUUGUAUACGGAUUCACAUUAGCUUGCUCGUCUGUCCUACGGUCGAUUGUAAUCGUCGACCUUCUCAGUUUGGACAAACUAACAAACGCUAUCGGGAUAUUGCUGAUGUUUCAAGGAAUGGCAUCCCUAAUCGGUAUGUACAUCGCGGGACUGUUAAGAGAUACCAGUGGAGAUUAUCAGAUGUCAUUCUACUUUGCCGGUGGAUGUGUCCUCGUUGGUAGUCUACUGCUGGUACCGAUCAAGAAGGUGGCGGAAUGGGAGAACCGAAAAUUGAAUCGUUAACCGUUAAUUUGUAAGCGAAGUAAAAUUUUUAGAGUCAUGUUGAUUGGCAAUAAACGAAAUUUGGCAACUGUACCUGAAUGACAACAAAAACAAUAUGCAGGUAAUACGUAGAAGAUGACCGGCGUUAUUAUGUGCGUUGUCAGCAAAAUUUACUAUCGCUAAAUAAAAGGGUUAAUAAUC